AUGGCUAUCCGUACACUAUCUUUUCUUUGGGCAAUUUUUGUGUUGGCACCACUAGCACAUGCCCUUCACUUUUAUGUCAACACUGAUGAAACCAAGUGCUUCUUCGAAGAAUUACCUAAAGAUACUAUUGCGGUUGGUAAAUUUGCAGUUUACGAAUUCAAUGAUCAAUUUAAUGACUAUGUUGAAAACAACGGUAAUUUAAAGGUUGAAAUCACUGUUGACGAAACCUUUGACAACAACCACAGGGUUGUUUCUCAAAAGAAUUCUCCAAUUGGCCAAUUUACCUUCACGUCUCUUGAUUCUGGUGAACACAAAUUCUGUAUUACUCCUAGACAUACUAAUUGGUCUAAAAAGGCUAAACACAGGGUUUUCUUUGAUUUGAUUGUUGGUGAUGCAAAACCUCUUGUUGAUUCCAAGAGGGACAAUGACGUUUCGUACUUGACCUUACAAACUAACGAAUUAAUCAAAAAACUACAACAAAUUAAGAGAGAACAGUCUUUACUCAGAUUGAGGGAGGCUGCUUUCAGGGAUAUAUCAGAAUCAGUAAACUCUUCAACUACCAAAUGGACCAUUAUUCAAAUCAUCGUACUAGUUGCAACUGGUUUGUGGCAACUCUCGUAUUUGAAAAAUUUCUUCGUCAAGCAGAAAGUUGUCUGA